UUGAGCCAAGAGCAAAACCUGUCGAGACGUUUUACGAGAUUGUUUAAUAGCAAGAUCAAACAUGUUCAAGUAUUUCUUUAUUUUCGUUAUUCUUUGCCACACUCGUGGACAUGCGGUUCCGCAAGAAGAAGUACUUCAACGUCUUCCGGCGUUAUUUAAAAGCUUGCCGCUACUGAACUCGUUGCAGAACGCAACAGAUCCAGAUAAUAGUACUGAAGACGGAUGUAACAAAGUGCUAGUUAAGAUAAACGGAUCAAAUAAUAUUAACGCGGGCGUGCAAGUAAUUCUCGUAAACGUCGAAACGACGAUUGUGGCAAAAGCAAAUGUGAACCCUGCUGGCUAUCUCGUCACGCCCGGUGUAGGAGCGCACAAACUUCAAACUGACAGUCUCACUUGGAACGAUGCUCGCCAGACUUGUAUUCAGGAAGGAGGUCAUUUGGCGGUUAUCAAUUCGGUCUCUGAGGAGGAAAUUCUUUUGCGCAUGCUGCGAGAUAAUGGCAUAGACGCCGCUUGGCUCGGAGUGCAUGACUUCUACAAAAAAGGUGAAUGGGUCACCGUCACGGAUGAGGCCUUAAAAAAUACCGGAUACGCUAAGUGGGCGGCCAACGGACCCAACAGUGAUGCUAAUCGUCAAAAUUGCGCGGCUCUUAAAGAGGGCGGAAUGACCAAUGAGCUAUGCGACGUUUUGGUUCCCUUCUUUUGCGAGAUUGCCGUGUAAUGGAGAAUUUUGUCUGAUAUUGCCGAUUUAUCAAUAUGAUGAUGGAUAGUCGCAUGUAUUUGUUAACAAUAUAUGUAUAUAAAUGAGUAAUUUAAUAAAUGAGCAAAAAUAAGCAAUA